CGUUUAAAGCAGUCUAAUCACGUUUAAGUAUUUGCUUAAAGAUUAGCACCCACACCCAAUCCGUUAAACACUUUCCCGCAGAUUUUCUCUCUCGCGCACAUCUAACGAACUCGUUCUCUCAGAAAAUUUAGCACUAAAACACUUCUAAAUUGCUCAAUAUAUUCAAAUUGCAUCGUUUCUCAGAAGCAAUUUCGCAAUUAGAAGGCGGAGAGAUUUAUUUUCUCGGAUUUGAAGUAGUGAAUUUUGAUGGCGGCAAGUGCGAAUCCGGCGGCGGGUAAUAAUGGCGGUCAAGAAGGGACGAAUAAUGCGAACGGCACAACGAAUAACGGCGUUUCGGUUCCUGAUAACUCUGUGAUUGGACCUAAUCAGGGGGAGCUCAUUCACAGUAGAGGCCUUGCCGUUGAAUGGUCUCCCGACGAACAAUCUCUCCUUGAAGAAUUGCUCGCCAAAUACGCAACUGACAAACCAAUACAUCGUUAUGCUAAAAUUGCUAUGCAGUUAAAGGACAAGUGUGUACGAGAUAUAGCGUUGAGAUGUAGAUGGAUGAGUAAAAAGGAAAAUGGGAAGAGAAGAAAAGACGAUCAAGUUUCGAGGAAAAAUAAAGACAAAAAGGAAAAAAUUACGGAUUCUAUGCCAAAAUCUACUCAUGCUGCAAAUCGCACAAAUGGUCCUCCCUAUGCUCAAGCUGUUAUGUCAAUGGACAGUGAUGAUGGAAUUUCCUACCAAGCCAUUGGUGGUCCCGCUGGACAGCUUCUUGAGCAAAAUGCUCAGGCCUUGGAUAAAAUUUCUGCGAACUUUGCUAUUUUUAAGAUCCAGGAAAACAUCAACCUUUUCUGUCAAGCUCGAAACAAUAUCCUCUCCAUCUUAAAUGACUUGAAUGACGCGCCAGAGAUAAUGAGGCAGAUGCCUCCACUUCCUGUAAAGCUAAAUGAUGAGCUCGCCAACUCAAUGCUUCAGCGACCACCGUUGCCAAAAUAGAUCAUGAGGUCCUGGUUUUCUUCCUCGGGGGCUUUCUGGGAGAUGUUUCUCACGAAUUUCCUGAAAUUGAGACACUUUAGAUUGCUUAGAAAGCAUAAUAAACUGGCUUUGUUGCUUUUACAUGUCAGAGUUCGUUUGCACUUUGUUUUUCUUUUUAUCUUUAUUGGAAUAAUACUACGAAUUAGCUGGUUUAGCAUGUGAAUAUAGCAAGUGUAGGAAGGGUUUCUUUUUUAUGUAAAUAAUUUCAUUCAUAGAAGUUAAAUAGAACGUUUUGGUUCAUGAAAGUUGGUUACUGACUCUGACUUGCUUCCAGUGAUAA